GAGAGGGGACUCGGCUCUCUCUCUCUCUCUGGCUGGAGACUCGCCGUAUACAGGAGGUCGGAGAAGCUUCUGUCUGUCUGUCUGCCCCAGGCUGUCCAUCCCUGGCCCGAUCGCCUGACAUGGCCAGCCCUGCACUAGGUCUACAGGAGAUCCAGCAGCCUCAGGAAUCGCCUCCAGACUCGGCGUGCAGAGAGGCUCAAAAGUGGAUCGAGCAAGUGACUGGCAGAAGUUUUGGAGACAAAGACUUCCGAUCUGGCCUGGAAAAUGGAAUUCUACUUUGCGAGUUAUUAAAUGCAAUUAAACCAGGACUUGUGAAAAAGAUCAACAGACUUCCAACACCCAUUGCAGGAUUGGACAACAUAACAUUAUUUCUACGGGGCUGCAAAGAACUAGGACUGAAAGAGUCCCAGCUUUUUGACCCAGGUGACCUGCAGGACAUAGCCAACAGAACAACUCUCCGGAUUUCAGAUUGCAACAGGAAACUGAGAAAUGUACUAGUCACUGUUUACUGGCUUGGAAAGGCUGCUCACAGCUGUGCUUCGUAUAGUGGUAACCACCUGGACUUGAAGGAGUUUGAGGGAUUGCUAGCACAAAUGCGAAAGGAAAACGAAGAUCUCGAGAGCCCAAAGCGCAGUAUCCGGGAUAGCGGUUACAUAGACUGCUGGGAUUCGGAGAGAAGCGAUUCCCUCUCUCCUCCACGACAUGGCAGAGAUGAUUCUUUCGACAGCCUGGACUCCUUCGGUUCACGCUCACAGCAGACUCCAUCUCCAGACGUAGUGCUCAGAGGAAGCAGCGAUGGAAGAGGGAGUGACUCGGAGUCUGACUUGCCACACAGAAGGUUUCCAGACGUGAGAAAAGAUGACAUGUCUGCCAGGCGGGUGUCCAUUGGUGAGAGCAGAGCUUGUGUGCCGUUUAACCAGUACCUCCCCAACAAAAGCAACCAGACAGCCUAUAUCCCAGCACCACUGCGAAAGAAGAAAGCAGAACGAGAGGACUACAGGAAAAGCUGGAGCACCGCCACAUCUCCUUCGGGAGGAGAACGUCCCUUUAGCCAGAAUCACCCUGAGACAAUCGAGGAAGAACAAAAUGAUACGCAGUCCAAGGAUGAUGGAACCAAACUUGCUUCUUCCCCCAAGCGACCUUCUGGAAAAACAGAAACACUACAGGUUCAUCUCGGUCAGCAAGGAGAUGAGGAUGCGAUGGAGAAAACCGCCAUUCCUAAGGCGUUAGGAGAGGCUGAGAAAUUAAAAAGCCUCGAGCAAGCUGGCAUCAAAGUCCUGCCUGCAACAAGGCGUUAUGGCAGUGAAAAGCAAGCUGCAGAUGAUGGCGAACCAGACAUUGUGCUCCGAAAAGACAAUGCAUUCCUGAUGGGCAACGAUCGCGCAGAUGAUGAAUCGGAAGAGGAGGAAGAAGAUUGCCGAGUACCGGAUCUAGAGAGAGAUGACCUGGCAACUAGGAGAGCCAAGAUGAACCAGCCAAAGACAAGCACACCGUUUAAUCAGUAUAUACAUGGAUCAUACCUAAACAAAACAAAAGCUCGCCAGGAGCCUUCAAAAAGCCCCACUCCUCCUCCUCCUGUAAAACACGUGAUUAAUAGCCCUCGUGAAAACCGAGAAGAACCUAAGGCAGCAAAGCCAGUCAUUACUCAAAAGGAAAACUGUGUUCCAAACCCUGCAAACGGCGAAUCUGACAGUGAGGAUGAGAGAGGAAAAGUCCCAGAUAUUCAGAGAGAUGAUCUGGCCAAGCGAAAAGCCCAGGGCGCGGUUUCCCAGCAAAAGGAGCCAUUAGUUUUUGCUGUGCCCACAAUUACAAAGGCUGAUAUGGAAACCUGGCAAAGGCUUAAGGUGUCUUCUGAAGAUAGUGAUCAUCUUGUAGCAAAACAACCCAGGGAAAAUGAUCAAAUACCCAAGAUUGAUGCCACUAGAGCAACUAAUGAUGACUUUGGCCGACGAAAGUUGUCUUUGCAAGAGAAAAGGGCUAGAAACAAGCAGAAGUUUGUACACUUUGGCUCCGUAACAGAAAUUGACCAGCAGAGAUGGGAUAGGCUUUGUAUUGCUAAGGCUGGUGCUGAUCAGGAAAGUGGAGCAGAUGUGAAAGAUGGACCGGUGCCUGAAAUAGUAAACGUGAAGAAAGACUCUUUGACAAGUGCUCAGAGCUCUUCAAUCCUGGAGAACAUGAUUGCUAGAGCUUCUAUAAAGACUGUGCCAAGUCAAAUGGUGGUAUCGUCUGAGCUUUGCGUAAAGGCGCAGUCUUCAGAGCCUCCUGAGAGAGGAGGUGAGGGCCAGAUCCUGGACACCCAGCGCGAUGAUAUGUUGUCCAGGAGAACGGGUGCUUUUCAGAAGCUUACAAGGCCCAGACAGAUGUCUUCAGUUUCCAAUGAUGAACACCUACACGACCGGGAUCGUGAGGAGAAAUGCCUAAAGGGUGAACGAAACGAAGAAAAACAGACGGUUUCGCAAGAUGAAAGCCAGCAAGUGGAUUCUAAACAUAAGCCUUCUUUGGAGAACAACUUGCAGAUCAAUCCAAACUUACCAGCUCUUGCCAAAGAUGAGAGUCAAGAAGUCUGCACCUUGGAGAAGGAUACAAACGCCCCUGACUUGGGAAAAGAUGAUAUGCUGGUCAGAAGACUGUCAGUCACUCAGAGGCAGACUGGAGUAGGAAUCAGUCACUUUCUGCCAGUUCCAUUUUCUGUGCAGAAAAGAGAAGACAAAACACUCAUUUGCGCUAAAAAAGAAGAAAAACCUACAAGCUCAAUCCCAACUGACACCCUAAUGCCAAAAGAUACCACGGAAGCUUCCACCAAAGCUGACAGGUUUGACCAUCCAUCAGAGCCCCACCACACAGACGGACAUUUUGAAUUAAAUGACGAGCCGACUCACCACCCAGCCUGUGACCCCGCUCAAAGCCGUAGUGUGGUGAAUCCCCUCAAUGCAGAUCUUAAUUCCCAGCUGCAGGGAACUGUUGAAAAAUAUGACCAGGAAGUAUUGAGAUUCAGUCCACGACCUGCUCUGUCUGAUGACGCAGAGAGCAUGAGCAUGUGUGAUAUGAGGUAUGAAGACGAGGCACGUAUGCUGCCACACAGCCGGGCACACCAGGAACACCUGCAGAACAUCAAUGACCUGCUUAAAGAGGAAGAUGAUACGUGGCAGGAUGACCUCGCCAAAUGGAAGACCCGCCGGAGGAGUGCGUCCCAAGACCUGAUAAAGAAAGAGCAAGAGCGGAAAAAGAUGGAAAGGUUACUCAGUGGGGAAUACGACUUAACCGAGAGGAGGAGAAGUAUUAAAACAUACAAGGAAAUAGUGGAGGAAAAAGAACGUCGAGAGCGGGAACUGCAUGAAGCUUACAAAAAUGCAAAAUCGAAGGAGGAGGCGGAGAAAAUUUUGCAGAAAUAUAUCGAAAAGUUUACAAUAAGUGAAGCUGUUCUAGAGCGCUUAGUUAUGCCAAAAAUCCUGGAGAGAAGCCAUUCUGUAGAGCCGAGCUUAUUAACUUCGCCAGAGGACCCGAAUCUUAUGAAGUACCUGAGGCAACAGUCUCUGCCAUCUCCAAAGUACACAGCAACUGUAGAAGCCACCAUCUCCCCCAGCAAUGACCUUGACUCCAAGUUUCGGCCAGGCCGAUCAUCUCCAGUCAAAAGUGUCAUCUCCAAGGCCGUGCCCAUGCUGACGCCCAAGCCUUACUCUCAGCUGAAGAACUCGCAGCAGGUGCUCAAGACGUUCAAGGUAGAUGGAAAGAUUAACCUAAACGGAGAGACAUUUAAUGGCGUGGAAGAUAAGGGCCGAUCGUUCGCACCCACGCUGACUCGAUCUCAGCUGUUUGAAGGCAAGGCCAGAGUAGAUACUGGCACAGAGACUAAGAAGGAUGUUUCUUGCGUUGAGCUCAAUUUGACACGACCCAACAUGCAGAAAUCAAACAAAGAGCUAGAAGAUUUCUCGGGAGGAAUCAACCAUGCAGGUGAACAAGAUUCUGUUCCAAAGACGGAGUGUGUCAGCUCAGUGCAGAUGUUCCCAGAAGGUAAUAGUCAGCCUCUGACCCUAAUGUUGCGUGGUUCUACUGUGUCCAGCCUAGAGUUUACGCCAUGCACUCCUACCAAGGAGUCUUCUGUUUAUGGGAAGGAAUCAGAAGGACAGCGAAAGACUGUAGAUUCCACUGACAAUGAGCAGAAAGAAAAAGGGUCUCUGUCGUUCAAGAGCACUAAUGAAGAUGGUCAAGAAUCCUCCCAAAGAGAGCGUUACGAUGAAGGUGAAUGUAACAAGAAUUCUCCAGCAGUUACACUCACUCUGAACUCUCUGAGUAAGUUUGGCUCUUGGGAUCCAGAAGAAGAAAGAAGACGUCAAGAAAGGUGGCAGCAGGAGCAGGAGAGGGUGCUCCAGGAGAAGUAUCAAAAAGAACAGGAGAAGCUGAAAGAAGAAUGGGAGAAGGCUCAGAAAGAGGUGGAAGAGGAGGAACGGAAAUAUUACGAGGAGGAGAGGAAGAUAAUUGAGGACACCGUGGUGCCGCUGACUGUGUCGCCCGUUUCCAGUGUCCAUCACAGUGUCUCUGAAAGGAAUGGGAGUUUGGGAGUCCUUGCACAUGAUUCGGCUUAUCAGGAAAAGAAAGCUGGGAAGUUAUUGGCAGAGUCUCAUGCAUGUUUGAAGAGUGAUACAGAGACAGGAGAACAUAAAACCCAAACCAUUCUGUGUGAUCAGGAUGGAGUGCAUUAUAAAGCAGAAGAAACACAGAUAAAUGGAACAAACAACAGACUAGAGAAAGAACCGGCUGUGACUGCAAUGAAUAAAGAAAGUGACCCAGAAAACCAUCAAAGAAACUCAAACACUCCUACAAGGCUUAACUUGCAGCUAGAUCAGCAAGUGGAAACAUUGGAAAACCAUUUGCCUGUGAAUGUGGAUUUGUUAAGCAGCUUCAGGUCUGGGAGCACAUCUCCUGUGACACGAGGAAGUGAUGGCCAGGAGAACAUGAAAGGAGCAGUGAGCCCCUCGCAAUGCCAAUCCCCCAACAGGUCAGUUAGUGGGAAGAAGCUGUGCUCCACAUGUAAGCAUCCUUUAGGCAAAGGAGCAGCCAUGAUCAUUGAAACGCUCAGUCUUUACUUUCACAUUCAGUGCUUCAAGUGUGGAAUUUGUAAAGGUCAGCUUGGUGAUGCGACUACAGGAACAGAUGUCAGAAUCCGCAACGGGUUAUUAAACUGCAACGAUUGUUACGUGAAGUCCAGAACGGCUGGACACCCUACACCUUUGUGACCCCUCUUUUCUACCAUGAAGAUUAUUUUUUUAUAUGAAAAUAAUGCGGAUUUCACGCUUGUGUACAGAUGGACUCCAGACAAUCGCCUGUACCUUCAGAGACUGGCAGUCAUCUCAUGUUACGGUGGAACACGUCGUGUGAUGCUUGUUGUUGUAUUGCACAUUUUGCUUUACAAUUGCAGACUUAUUAUAUGGUGGAU